CACUUGAGCAAUGAAAUGUACUACUAAGGGUCUCUUGUGUAAGGUUUACUUGUAUUGUGUAAAUGUGCAUCCUAAAUCAUAACGACUAGUGGGAUUCGAGUAACAAGAGCACAAAUUGCAUGUGAAAUACAAGAAUAUUCACAAUGGGAACAGUAAAACUACUUGAGUACCCAGUCUAUGCGCUUGCCACGGAUGGACAAUAUUUGGUUACUUCCGGAGGAGGAGGUGGCGAAGAGUAUGGAAUUAGUGACCGUGUGGAAUUUUAUACCAUAUCGGAUCUCGGAAGAAGAGCUGAACUGUUCCAGAAAGGGAGCCUCGUAGAUCAAGUAGGCGUGUUGGAUUCAGUGGAGUUCAUAGAUGUGCACAAUCUAUGGAUGGGCUCCGUUAGCAAUGGAACAGUGUUCUUUUCAUACCGACCAAGUAACGGCGUACACGUAUAUGGAAGAGUACUCAUAGCAACGACAAAAAUUGAACCACAACAAACUGUGGCACGUUUUUGUCGUGGCAAGAAGAUCUUCAUUACAGGUAAUACGGAUGGAACAGUCUGUAUGUGGCAACUGUCCAAUCGUUUCAUGGCCAUGAUGGACGAACUGGAGAACAACUUAACUGACGCUACUGGUACCUCCCAAGCACAUAUGGACACGUAUGCGCAUACAGACGACUUGACUCAGGUGGAUAAUAGACUGCUGCCAUUAACGGUGAGAAACUUCAAGAAAAAACGCACACCAGCUGCCAUGUCUGGUGGCAGACAAGCCGAAAGUGACAUCGCAGGAAACAAUGCAAAACAAUCGGGGAAUAUAGAUAAUUCCGGUAGCUCAAAGCAAGGUGAUUCGCUACGCAACGAACGUAAAAAGGAUGAUACAAAAAAUCGGCAACCGCAGUUGCCAAUGAAGGGUUCGUUGGGUGGAAAUACUAAAAGAAAGCAAGGUAAACAAGCAAAAAAGAAUGCUUCAAAACGUGGCUACAAAAACUCUGAAGUCACAGAAGCUAAGGACGAACAUAAUCCUGUGAACGACCGUGUCAGCGAAGCACAAGCAGAUCGCCACACCGACUCUAACGCACAUUGUUCCCGUCAUGAAACAAAUGACCAUCAAAAUGUAGCAAUUAAAGUAGCUGAAUACAAAUGUCAUGAAAAGGAAGUUACUGAUUGUGAUAUUUGCCAUGACGGCAAAAUUGCCAUUUCUGUAUCACAAGAUAAAAUGGUAAUUUAUCAAGUCGACCCAAGCAAGAUUCUCUUCAUACAAAAAAGCUCGAUGUUUUUUAAGUUUGCAAGGUUCAUCAAUAGCAAUUGUCAAAAUGGAUUCUAUCAGUUUCUUACCAUAGAGUGGAAUGCAAAACGCCCCUGCGAAUCUCUAGUAGCGAUGUGGAGAUUCACCGCAGAGGUCAACAAGGCAGUCAUGGUCAAGAGCAGCUCAUUGGGGCAGAAUCCUUGUAGUGCCAUGUGUUUAAGCGGAGAUGAAAUUAACUUCGCACUCGGGUUCGGCACGGGAGAUGUGGGUGUCUAUGAUGUUAGAUCACUACAGUGUCUUGUUUACGAACAAAGGCACCAACUACCCGUCACCGACCUAGCAUUCCUGGGGGAUAAGCUUGUAUCCAGCGGAGCGGAUUUCUAUGUCGUCAUCAAAAGCUUCCAAACAAGCUAUAUAAUGACAAUACUCACGAUAGUCAUACCCAUCAUCGCCUACCUGAUAUACGUAUUAAGAUAUAGGCAACAAUAACUACCUACCCUAACGAAACAUCAAAUUACCACACUAU